GUUUCAGUUUGUGCGCGCGGCCGAGAGAGCGCAGUAAAGAAAGAAAGCUCAACAGGAAUUGGUGUGCAACCGCUGCAUCCUACUGAAAGUCAUUUUUCGUUUUUAACAGGUUUAUAUCUGCCGUCAUGCACGUGGAUUUUGAGAAGCUGCGGAUGAGCGGCGCGGGAAAAGCCAUCGCUGUCCUGACGAGCGGCGGAGACGCGCAGGGUAUGAAUGCAGCUGUGCGUGCUGUAACGCGCAUGGGCAUAUAUGUGGGUGCAAAAGUUUACCUCAUUUAUGAGGGUUAUCAAGGACUGGUGGAUGGAGGCGACAACAUCAAACUCGCCAACUGGCAGAGCGUCACCAAUAUCAUUCAACUCGGUGGCACCAUUAUUGGCAGCGCCCGCUGUAAAGCCUUCACGACACGAGAAGGUCGACUGGCGGCGGCGUUUCAUCUGCUUCAGCGUGGCAUCACCAAUCUGUGCGUCUGCGGAGGAGACGGCAGUCUGACCGGAGCAAACAUCUUCCGCACGGAGUGGAGUGAUCUGCUGGGCGAGCUGGUGAAACAAGGGAGAAUCACAGACUCUUUGGCUCAGCAGCACAAACAUCUGAACAUCGUGGGUCUCGUGGGCUCCAUCGAUAAUGAUUUCUGUGGGACUGACAUGACAAUCGGAGCCGAUUCUGCUCUUCAUCGAAUCAUGGAGGUUAUUGAUGCCAUCACCACCACUGCGCAAAGCCAUCAGAGAACAUUUGUGCUGGAGGUAAUGGGACGACACUGCGGGUAUCUAGCAGUGGUUUCUGCUUUAGCGUCUGGUGCCGACUGGCUCUUUAUUCCAGAAGAUCCACCAGAGGACGAUUGGGAGGACCACAUGUGUGCUCGACUGGGGGAGAGUCGCAGUAAAGGUUCUCGUCUGAAUAUCGUCAUCAUGGCAGAAGGUGCCAUCGACAAAAACGGGCAGCUCAUCUCAUCAAACUAUGUGAAAGAUCUGGUGGUUCAAAGGUUAGGUUAUGACACACGUGUUACUGUCUUGGGUCACGUUCAGAGAGGUGGAACCCCAUCAGCGUUUGACAGAGUUCUGAGCAGUAAGAUGGGCGUCGAGGCCGUGGUGGCGUUGCUUGAAGCGACUCCUGAGACUUCUGCAUGUGUGAUUGGUCUUUCAGGGAAUCAUGCCAUGCGUCUGCCGCUGAUGGAGUGUGUCAAUAUGACUAAAGAGGUUCAGAAAGCCAUGAAUGAGAAGAGAUUUGAAGAGGCCAUACAGCUGCGGGGAAAGAGUUUUGAGAAUAACUGGAACACAUACAAGCUUUUAGCUCAUCAAAAACCAUCGCAGUCACAGAGUAAUCAUUCGAUGGCGGUUCUGAACGUUGGCGCUCCGGCCGCGGGCAUGAACGCCGCUGUGAGGUCAGCCGUCAGGGUGGGACUCGCUCAGGGUCACCGAGUUUACAUGAUUCAUGAUGGGUACGAGGGUCUGGCCAAUAGCGCGUUGGCCGAGGUUCACUGGCAUGAUGUUGCAGGAUGGACGGGACAGGGCGGCUCGCUGUUGGGCACCAAACGAACUCUUCCAAACACCUGCAUGGAGAAGAUUGUGGAGAAUAUUAGCAAGUACAACAUCCAGUCUCUACUUGUGAUCGGUGGAUUUGAGGCGUAUGAAGGAGUUCUGCAGUUGGUUGAGGCUCGUGGACACUAUGAUGAGCUCUGUAUUCCCAUGUGUGUUAUGCCAGCUACUAUCAGCAACAACGUGCCAGGGACGGACUUCAGUCUGGGCGCGGACACCGCUGUCAACGCUGCCAUGGAGAGCUGUGAUAAAAUUAAACAGUCUGCGUCCGGAACCAAGCGCCGCGUCUUCAUCGUGGAAACCAUGGGAGGAUAUUGUGGUUACCUGGCAACCACCACAGGCAUCGCUGUGGGCGCGGAUGCUGUGUACAUCUUUGAGGAACCGUUCAGUAUCCAUGAACUGGAGACAAACGUGGAGCAUUUAACAGACAAGAUGAAGAACGACAUUCAGCGUGGUCUCGUGUUGAGGAAUGAGAAAUGUCACCAACACUACACCACAGAUUUUAUUCAUAACCUCUACUCGGCUGAGGGGAAGGGCAUCUUUGACUGCAGGGUCAAUGUUCUGGGUCACCUGCAGCAGGGUGGGGUCCCCACACCUUUUGACAGGAACUUUGGCACUAAACUGGGAGUGAAAUCGGUUUUGUGGCUGACAGAGAAGAUGAAAGAGACUUAUAGACAGGGACGUGUUUUUGCGAACGCUCCUGACACAGCCUGUGUGAUCGGGAUGAAGAAGAAAGUGAUGUCCUUCAGUCCUGUCACAGAGCUUAAAACACACACAGACUUUGAACACAGGAUGCCUAAGGAACAGUGGUGGCUGAACCUGCGGCCCAUGCUGAAGAUGUUGGCCAAAUAUCAGACCAGCUUUGAUGAGUAUGUGACCGGAGAGAUUGAACACGUGACUCGUCGAACCCUCAGCAUUGAAACUGGAUUUUAAAAUCUGUAGUCUGUCUGUGUCCACAUGAGGUCACUAGUUUUAACAAACAUCUCUUUCAAAUUAACCCCAAAUACCUCCUAGUCCUGUUGCUAACUGCACCAUUGGUGUUUAUAGUCACAAUAAA